AUGAACGUGCGCGUUAGGGGGAAAGUACCGUGGGAAGAGAGAGCAGUGUCUCCGCCUCCGCAGAUCACCAUCAAAGUAGAAUCAACCUUACAAGCAAAGUGUGAUCAAAAAUAAUAUUGGAAACUGCGCCUGUACUGCUCCUAGGUUAUGUUUUGCAAUUUUGAUUUUACAUUCAUGAGAAGCUUUGACGAUGCUUGGGAAGCCCUCGAGAUGGAGCGAACAGACUUUGUCUUGUUCUGAAAUAACAACGCUACCAUUUUUCUUUCUAGCAGGCAGGGCUCUCGGUUAGUAUCUUUUGCCGGAAGGGAGGAGCUGCAAGGAGUGACUGGAAAGGAGACGAAGGUGGGACCUGAAACAGGAUUCAGGCAGGGAGGCUCCCUGGCCUCGGUUCCAGGAGGAGCCUUGGAGAAUAUCCUGGGGAUUGCAGGAGGUAAGACGGGCAUUGGAGGGCAGCCAGAGCAUAGCAUUUUAACCCUAAGGCAUGAAAGAGCAGCCUUCCCCUACAGUGUAUUCCCGGCACCUGGUAUACAGGGGUACAUUGCUUCUGAACUUGGAGGUUCCAUUUUGCCAGCCUCCAUAAUUACAGAUGUCAGCUUGUCCAAGCCAGUGUUCCCCAGCCAAGUGCCAGCAGAUGUUGUUGGACUGUGACCCCCGUUAUCCCUGACUGUUGGUCAUGCAAGCUAGGAUUGAUGGGAACUGGAAUACAGCACCAUCCAGCAGGCCAAAGGCUCCCCAUCCCUUGGGUAAAGAGAUCCUUUGCAGACACCACAAAUUAUAGUUUCCAGCUGCUGCAAGUAUAUUAGUAAAAAGAGCACUCCACAGCCAGGAGCGCCCCACCCCAGGCAUAUCUAAUCUGGUUCUGGUCAGUCACAGGCUUGCCCUCCUACAGCCUCGAUUGA